AGGCGGGGCGAGGGGAUUCGUCGUCCGUGCACGCACACCGGAGUAUUGGGUGUAGUGCACAUUGCACCGGGGUACUGCAUUCGGAUAUUUGCCCGCGGCGACGUUGUGUUCCGCGACGUUCCAUUGCCCGAGACAGGUGCACAGCAAUACGGCCGCCGCGCGUUAAUUGAAACGAGUUCGGCGACGUGAUGUCCGCUCACUGCCGGACACGAACGUAGACACCUCUGGGUGCCGGUAUUCCGUGUACAGAGUUUCCCGUAGUGCGCCACAUUUCAUGAAUCGACCGUCGAUGGAACGGAUGUUUCCAGUUUCCAAUCGGAGCUACGAACGAGGUUAGCUUUCACAAUCCAAUACCAAUGUAGAUGGAUAGUGAUUAACUAAUUCAUCAUCAACUUAUCAUGAUAUCAAUUUUCCUCUAUCGCUGGUAGUUGAACAAGUCUGGCCGUUCACCUUACGUAGUAUUAUGCAUGGCACUACUUGAAAACAAUUUUUAAUGCAGAAAAUAUAACGGUUCUUAAGAAGUAAUAUAAAUAGAAACAUUUUUCAAAUCAUCUAUUUAUCACUAUAACAGUAAUUACAUCUGUUAUCACUACUAGUUAUAAGUAUUCUAAUAUUGUUAACAACGCUCUUACUGUUGUCUUCAUUGAACGUUGCUGCUCUGUAAAAAUCCAGCAGCAGCAACAGUACUAGUGCGACUAUGAACCACCUUGGAACUGAGACAAUUGGUCGUCGAAGCUUGUUGAAUGGAUUAAUGACAGCAGCAACGAGAUCUUGGCGACAUGGUCUUCAACCUAAUGGUCACACUUCAAAUGCUAUGGUAUUUCCUACUAUUACUACAGCUGUUAAUUCUAGUCCAACUUGUCGAACUCCCACCACGGAUAGUGCCAAUAUGAUUGAAGAGCAGCGCAGGCGGCUUCAACAACAACGGCAUCAAGAUCACAGACUUAAUGUUCUUUGGUAUGGUGGAGAUGAUAGACAACAGCAACAGACACCAGCUCUUCUUUUUGAAUCUCACAAUCAAUAUCAGUCAACAGAUGACUGGGAAAAACAACCUCUACGACAACGGGGACGAAAAUCUCAACGUUCACGAUGUCGGCGAAAUCAUAAGAAGAAACAUUCUAUGUUACCCACAUUACCGAUUUCAUGGGCUGCCAUGUUAGUAGCAAUGUAUGCAGCUGCUAUGGCUGUAGUAUACUUUAUAUUUGGCGCUUCUACCGGCAGCGGAUGGAUAUGGUUAAGAGGUAUUGCUGUUAACAAUAAUAGUUUAUUGUGGUUAUACCAUCUACCACCGACAUGGUAUUAUAUAGUACAAGCUUUUUGUGCAGCCAUUAUCAGUUGUUGUUGCCAUCAUUUGUGCUUCCAGCGACAACAAUGGUGUUGUUAUAUAUUACUUGCACUAUUCAGCACCACACUAUUGCCGUCUAUUCCACUUGCCGAAGUCUUCAGUGGAAAUAUUAAAACAACUUCAUUGGGAAAUUCAAUCACAAAACAACAACCGAAUUCCUAUAAUCCAGAAGAUUUUAAUGAUAAUCGGUUAGCAUUAUAUGAAGGCUUGUGGCAAAUAGUUUUUUUCAUAUUCAUUGCAUAUUGUUUUGUAUUGCCGACAAGCAACAGUGGAUUAUCAGAUAAUACAAAUGACGAAAACAUUAAUGAACCCAAAAAAGAUGUUUUAAUAAAUAUCAAAGAAGACCACCAUGUUACAACAGCAGUUUUGAUAUUUUCAAUUGUGGCCUCAAUGGGACACACAACAUUAAACAUAUACACCGCACACUGUUGGUACUCCCCACAACAUAUUCAUCGAGAUUACAAUUCAACUAAAUCUAUGGCCGCUAUACAACAGCUUAUAGCUAACACCAUAGUGCUGGCUUGUAUCAAUGUGACUGGGUGGCUAAUACGUCAGUCUGUGAUUAAAGACCGUGCAGAAAUUAUAGGUUAUGAGGGUAACAACCAGUUUCUAGGAAAAUACCAACAGUUACGCUUUGCACUAAGACGACAAGCUGAUAAACUGAAUCUUCUACUGACGUCUUUGCUGCCGAUACGCGUAUUUUCGGAAAUGAAAUAUGAUAUAGUCACUGAUGCUGCACGUUCCUAUAACAUUAUAAGCGGUUCUAAUGACGAUAAUCCUCAGAGCAAACCAUCUCAACAAGAAUUAAAUCUACAAACACCUCAACUGCCUAAAUUGUAUCUGAAAGAAUAUGAAAAUAUUAGUGUGGUGUUUGCCAAUCUAACGGGUUUCUGGAACAAUGGAUCUGCUAUCACAGGCUAUGGAGAAUCUGGGUCUCAAUCGUCUCGUCAGCUCAUCACUCUUAUUGACCGACUUAUGGUAGAUUUAUUUUGUGCACUGGCCCGUAGCAACCACUGCCUUCCUAUACGCUUACUCGGUCACCGUUUAUACUUCGUAGCAGGACUUCCGGCUGAAGAGGGUUAUUUGCAUGACGAUAAAAACCCUAGGUGGACAUUGGACGCUGAUAAACAUGCCAGUAAUGCUGUCCGUUUGGGACUAGAUCUAAUCGACGCCGUUAAUACAGUGAUUCGUGAUGUAAGCCGACAUGGUUAUGGUCGUAAUAUAAAUCUUAAUGUUCGAGUGGGCGUUCAUUCUGGCCGAAUUGCAUGUGGUGUACAGAGUUUCACAGGAGGCAUAGGGACCUGUUCCAAUUUCGGAAGUCGUUGGCAGUAUGAUGUUUGGGGCCGUGACGUUAAUGUGGCUUCUCAUAUUGAAUCCAGUGGUCGCCCAGGGUUAGUGCACGUUAGCCGGGCCACUGUUGAUAAAAUUACUGAAAAAGAAGUAGCGCCAAAUGCAGCCUCUGGGUCAAACCAUUUUCCAGCUGAAGUCAAGUUCCGCAAAAAAACCGUUAACCCUGGACCAGAUUUUAGUGAUAAAGACAAUUAUACCUUCGAACGGAGUCAUGAAGAACAAAGAAACCAGUUUCUUCGCCACAAUCGAAUCGAUACAUAUUUUGUUGUGCCUAGCACAUUGUCUCCUAAUUCAGAAUUCAAUAAAAAUCCUAUAGAAAAUUGUGGUGAUGCAUACAUCACCAAUGACGAAAAUCAUUACAGUAAACAUAUUGAACCGUUGAUUCUCCAAUCGAUAGAACACCAGUUACAGAAAGAGGAGAUACGGCGGCAAUAUGUUUCCAUUGAUUCUACGCAGGAAAAUGUAAAUACUUCGGAACAACUGGAUCAAACCACUAAAAAAACAGGAACUGUAGACAUACCUGUAACAACCACCGCUCCAGUAACCAGCGUUAAGAUGGUUAUGAACCGCCAUAGGCGUAGUAAAUAUUUUGAACAAGAGUCCCUGCAAGCUUUGGUGACAAAAAUGAAUACAAGUUCUGCUAUUAAAAUACCAAUGACGCGUCGCAGUCGAUGGGAGGAUGAUAUUUUUGGAGGUCAUGACAGUAAUGAACAUGAAAAAGUUAGAGGUAAAUCUGAUGAUGAUGAUCUCUUUCGGCUAGCCAAAUCACAGCUAAUGCUUCUUUGUGUGAUUAUUGCUUUGUUUGUGGUGAAUGUAACCACCAUGCCAUGGACUUUGUUACUUGGCAUAACGUUUAUUACACCGUUUGUUAUAACUGCUGGAGAACUUAUAUAUGUGAUGGCCUUGUUGAUUGAUUGGAUUCCACGCCCCACGUUACACAGCUCUACUUACUCCACUGCAAUUUUUGCUGACGAUGAUGAAUAUUAUCAUCACUAUGAUAGCGAUAACAAUGAUAGUGAUAGUAGUUACAACAGUGAUGGUGGUGGCAGAUGUUUAACUCGUUUUCUUAUUUGUCAUCAUCCUGGUAGCUGUUCGUUUUUGGCUAGAAUAUUUAAGCCUUUUAGGUCAGAGUCUAAUACUACUAUUUCGACUCGCAGUCCUCUAGAAAAUAAUAACAGUUGGAAAUGGCUUCCUGUAAAAUGGUGCCGUUGCUGUCAAUGUUACGGUCGCCAUAGCUGGUUCACAUCAUGUUUUGAUAAUGAAGGCGUGUCGUCUGGUGUAUCGUCUGACGAUAGUGAUAUCGAGAGCCGACUUGGUUUUCGGAACGAGAAUGCCAUAAUGGCAUCUACAGCGGGUGUGUCGCCACCACCACCACAACAACAACAAAAUCAGCUACAACAUGCACAGCCCCUUAAUAUAAACACCAAUAGACAACGUCAGCGACAUAGGCGAUUAAUGCGAAAAUAUCAAGACGAAGAAAGACGCACUUGGUUCUUUUGGCUAGGUGCUUGUAGUGAACUAAUCGUUGUGUUACUAGUAUGUCUUUUAGCCCUAUUAAACGCUUUUACUUGUGAACCAGUAGCGACAGCUACAUCAAAUGCUAAUUUUGAUGAUCAAUUCCAUGUCCAAAACAAAAUCAUCAAUGGUACUGGUGAAUUCAAUACUCCUAUAGUUAAUAUCAAUACAACACAAGACAAAAACCAUAGCCCAUUGACUUGUUUUUGGCCUCAAUACGCUGUGCUUACAUGCUGCCUUGUAUAUGUGUCAAUUGUUAUUACAUUUCCAAUAUAUUAUGGAUCUCUGCCAACAUUGCGUAUAAAAAUCGGAGUACUAUUUGUCAUGACUUGUGUGUUCGCUGUAGCAUUUAUUCACUUUACUCAUCGACAUGUAUUUGUUGCCGCUUCAAUAUCAUCACAGAGACCUUACAAUAUUGAAAACGUCAAUAUUCUUGGUCAACAGAUUAUUAACACCACCAACAAACAAUGGCUUAGGGAACAUGACCAAGAACUACAGCAUGCUGCUGGAUUGAAUACUGUGAUUGCUACAGUGUAUGCAAUUGCAUUUGCCAUGGCUACUCUUAUUUGCUUCAUAUAUAAGCAUCACUUACUAGAUCGGCGAGCCCACAAUAAGGUUAAGAUGGAUCGUGAAUACAGACGAUUGGGUGUGUUACGUGUGGCCCAUCGACGUACUUUGCAUGCCAUCGUACCUGACCAUGUAGCUAAUUCAUUACAAAAAAUCUACUCUGAUACAAAAAAUGUUGAUUAUGGAAGAACUCGGCGGGAACUUAAUUUAAUAUCUGCUGAUAACCAACCAAUACCGAUGAACCACUCGCUAAACCGCCAAAUUCGAGAACGGAUUCCAGCUUACAUAUCUCCACUUUAUUACUAUGGCUACCGAUCUGUAGUCGUCAUAUUUGCUACUGUUGUACAAUCAGAUCAAAUGUUACCAACCAUUAUCCCAAGCAGUGAAAACAACUGUCAUUACAAUUAUCGUCAGCUUUCAUUAUUUCACAACAUAUUCAGUGAAUUUGAUCGGCUACUCGAUGGCCAAAAAUUUCGAGGUCUGGUUGAAAAAAUUAAGAUGGUUGGAACCAACACAUACAUGGCAGCUGUUGGGCUGCAACAUCAGCAUGAAUCAGAGCAUCAAUUACUCAUGUUGCUGAAAGAGAUAAAACAAAGAAACAAUGAAACUAGUCAGUAUAAUAACAAAGACGAAAAAGAUGACAUAGACAAUAACCUAGCAAAUGGCUACGAAUUAUAUGAUGUUUUAUCAGCACAUCAUGUUAUAUUUGCUUUGGAUUUCAUUUGUAACAUGCGUCGUAUUCUAUACCGCCAACAGUCAUCAGUAAUGACUCCAAAUUCGUGUAACUCACAAAUCGCUCUUCGAGUUGGAGUUAACCUUGGACCGGUUGUGGCUGGAUUAAUUGGUUGUAAUGACAGUAUAUGGAAACGGCCUCAGUAUGAUAUAUGGGGAAAUACAGUAAAUGUAGCCCACCAAAUGGAUACCACUGGUGUACCAGGAAGUACACAAGUCACAAACUAUGUGGUUGAAAUAAUGAAAUCGAUAAGAAAUCCUAAAUAUGAGUUUGAUGUCCGAACCAAAUUGAUCAACAAAGACAACAAAAGAAUUGCUUACUUCGUUCGUGAAAAUUUUGAGUCUGAUGAAAGUCAUAAUUCGAUCAAGGCUUCAGGCUCUUCUAACUAUAGUCAAACUCAACACCAUCAAGUUUCUAUGAGUAAUAAAAGUCAUCUUCAGCAUCUCGAGCCGGAAGACCGCCUACAACUGUAUAAACAUCCAUCUACUAUACAACCAUCCCAGAAUGCCUACCGUGCGAUCACACAACAAUUACCUCGGGAUCAGUUGCAUAAUAUACCCGUUGUUACUGUACACUCGCAACAUUCAUAUUAUAACGCUAUUCCACAGCAACAAGAAAUAAGGCAUAUUAAUACGGAACCUCAAAAAUCACCACCGCCACCACCACCACCACGUAGUCCACCACCUGUAAACAUGCGGUGCACACAGCAUACUACUAACUAUCCCAAAGUUCAAUAUCAAUGUAGUGGAGAACGUGAACGAAACUUGGAUAAACGACAACGAUCACGAGCAGGUUGCCAAUUGUCCCAUAACAUUCAACAACAGAACCGGUGCACUCCUGAAACGACUGCGAAAACCACAGCCAUAUACGCUCGUCCACUACAACAUCAACAACAGAACAAUAAUAAACAGUCUAGUGUAACUGUGGUGCCUCGGGGGCUUGUUAAAAUUUUUGGCGAUGAACCAAAACAGAUAUCGCCACAACACACACCAACUAUUUCCAAAUCCAAACCAACAUGUACCUCAAACCAUAGUACUAAUGAAACUGUAUUUUCUACCAAAAAUACUCCACAACAACUACAGCAACCACGCCGACCGAAUGUUUUACUGCUUUCAAACACAGCAACAGAAACGGCUCCAAAUGUAUCUAAAAACUUUGACGCUGACCGACCAUUGCCAGCGCCACCGCGUUCUUCCGAUACUGUAGCUGGUCGACAACGACAUCACCACGAUCCUCGGCGGCGGCGGCGGCAUCAUAAUCAAUCGCAAAUGAUGGACAAACAUCAACAGGAAACACAACAACUGCUUGCCCGAUCAGAUAUUAAUAACGACCCAGUGGUGGUAUCGUCGGCAGCUUGGCCAUCGUCGUCUUCGUUUCGUUCACCAAUUAGUGCAGGAAGUUUUAUUGGUAUGUCAUCUCCGCCAUCGUCAUUGUCAUCAUCCGAGUCCACAGAUGCCGGUGGUACUACCACGUCUAAUAACAAUUAUAAUACUACUACUACUGCUUCGUCGUCGGACGAAAGUUUCGGUCGUACAGCUACAGAAGAUGGCGGUGGCAUUGAUCGAGCGGAUAUUGAAGAUUUCGAUACUGCUGCCUCUUCCGCAGCUUUGUCUCCUAUUCACCACCGGUAUCGACAACAGCAACAUAUGCUGCUUCGUCAAUGGUCUCCAUCAACCACAGCCAAUUCGUCUCCCGUUAAACGAUCGUCUUCUUUCCGAUCGCCACUUUCAUGUGGCGACAACAUUGCCGUAUCUUCAUCGUCAUUAAAAUCUCCACUUAUGGCGGGGAAUGCCAUCACCACAGGCUUUAGUGGUACACAAUCAUUAAACCGCCGUCGUAUUCACCCCACCAAUACUACUUCUGGUGUUAGCAAUUCUAGUCGUCGUCGGCGUCGUCGGCAACAACAACAGCAGCAAAACAACACACCAAACACUGAACAAUCGAUAUCUCCUGGCGUUCCAGAUGUUACAAGUGCUGUUACUGCCACCGCAAUGACGUCAUCUGAAAAAUCUGAAUCACCAUUACCGUCACCUUGGAAAAAACAGCAACAGCAACAGCAACAACAACAACAUCGACGACAAGUAACGAGUAAAGAACAAGGAUCAGGUUGUGCCGUUGUAGGUGCUGACUUUACUGACGAAAUAAGACGCAUACUGUUAUUGGAUCAUCACCGUGGCAAUGUCCGUCAACAACAGCGAGGCCUAUGCGAAGGAAAAGAAGUACAAGUUAACAAACAUCGUCAUGUUAAAGAGAAAAUAUACGAAACAGUUGCUAAAUUAUCUUCAUCUUCAAAGCCACAACGAACUGCUGUUGUUUCGACGACGGAUCAAAAUCUCGAUAGAAAUAUAGAAAAUCAACGUAACGAAAACGAUAGCAAAGAUAGUAAUAUAAACUCAGCUGCAAUUGUAGUUUCUCAAACUAUUGGUAUAACUACUGAUAGAGAAAAUAUGUCAUCAACUUCAUCGUUUGAGGCACGUGAAAGGGAAAUAACGGAACAAGUCAGACGACAGCAAGCUGAAGUUAGACGGAUACUUCAAGAACAUAAAAACAACGUGGUAGCGGUUGUCAGAGGAGUAACGGUAGGUACUAAUGAAUCGGGUCUACACAACCGACGACGAGUUCCAACAACCGCGAUAGAAUCUUUAUGGAGUGAUGACGAGUCAAUGGAACCGUCAUUGUCAUUAUUGAACGAUGGUCACCAACAACGCAUCGGACUUUCAGUAGGUGAAUAUGAUGCCAAUGCUACCUUGGUUGCUGCCGAUAACGAAUAUACUACUGGCGGCGAAGGUGACGGGUACACAACUGACUGUGAUGGCGAUGGAUACACAACCACUGGAUACACUACAGAUGAUGCACCUCCCUCCACAGCUGGUAUGGCUACUGAGAUGUCAUAUGCCACGGCUGCUGAUUUACCAAAUAUAUCUCCAGCACGUCAACUAGCUGACAACUUAUCCACCCUGAACGACACUGGGCUUACAGACGCUGAAGCUGCAUUGAGUGACGUCAAUUCAAUGAUAGACUACAAUGACUGUAAUGAAAAUAACCGGUACAGAGGUCGUCGCCAGAGCAGCAUUAGCAGUAACAGUGUAUGUCCAUAUGCAAGCGAUAGUUUUUGCGACGACGAUGAUGACUACAAUGACGACGACGAAUACUUUUUUUGGGACGGAUACCACGUGGAAAAUGAAAAAGCAGGCUCUGGCGAUGAUGAAGAUAACAUUGAAAGCCGUUAUAACCAUAGCCAGUUCUUACAGCAACAACAACUACUAUUAUCUUCACCGUCAUCAUCAUCACCACUAAUUAAUGAUGCCAACGUUGACAAUAAUCAGAAAAGAUUACAAUAUCAGUCACAACAGCAAACUCCAUCACAGGUCAAUGUCGUCAAUAAUGUAAAUAACUCUCAAAGGCCUAACACAUCUGCUAUCACUUGCAAAGCUUCAAAAACAACAACCGCUACAAAUACUACUCCUGUAGCAGAAAAUUCUACUUGCAAUUCAUCUGUUGUUGAUACUUGUGCUGCUAUUACUAAUGCUAAUACUACAAAUACUAAAUUAGACGAGCCACCACCAUCUUCCAAUACUAAGGACCAGUCAAAUAUAUAAUAAAGAUAUGAAUAAGUUUAAAAUAAUUGAAGUGUACUAAUUCAUAUAUUAAAUAAGUAUAUCAAUAUUAUCAUCACCAGUAUAUUUAAAUAUACUUAAGUCUAAAGUGAUUGUACCUCAAUAUACUCAAAAUUAUUUUUGUAAUCAAAAAAUAACACAUUCAUAAAUGCUAACUAAAAAAGAUCAAAUAUAUAAGAGUUCUAUUGUUGUUUGUAUAUUUUAAUAAACUAGUAAAAAGUCUUAGCGAAAUAGAAAUAUAUCAAUUACUUAAAAUACUUAUGGCGAUUUAGCUACUUAAAUUUAUUCAUAACUCAAAUUUUAUGUUUGGAAUAACU